AUGGCACCAUCCAAUGAUAUUAAUAUAUGUAUAAAAAUAUGCAAAGUUCUUUUAGCAAUGUAUAACUUAGUAACAAAUAUAUAUUCCAAUGAGACAGGGUUUAUUAUUAUUUUUUCAUUUAACAGAAUCCUUUUUGCUGUGCUCCACUACAUAGAAAGCGCUAAUUAUCUAUCUAAAAGAGAAGAUCUAACUCUUGUAUUACAAGAGGCAAGAACAACUUUAAAUAUUAUACAAUCUCAUCAAGCAAUUUUGUUUGCUUUUACUAUAUACUCUAUGCUAUGCAGGGAAAUAACAUAUAGAAAUACAAGGCAACUGGCGGGUGCUAUACUUGUAGAAAUGUUCGCUCUAUUUAUGUUUGAGAUUUUUGUAUAUAAUGCGCUUAUAGAAUAUAUUAAUUCAAGUGAUAUGGUAGGUAUACAAGAUUCUUACAUUCAUCUAUUUAUACUCUAUGUUUUAUCUUUUAUUUUUAUAAUAUCUAUAUACCUUUUAAUAACAUUCUAUUUUGCUAUUAAGCCUGUGCAUACUAUGUAUAAAGUAACAAAACGCAUGCGGUAUUUGUGGCAGGUGAUGAUAGGAGACAUCUUGUGUUUUAUAUUAUGCCUUUUUAUUCUAUUUGUAUAUGCCGGGAAUGUCUUUUGGAUGCUACAGCAGCCGUAUAGGUUUGUUUGUAGAUCUUUUCCAUCUUUAUAUAAAUGUACAUGA